GAAGAUGCAGCACAUGCAGAUAUUGUUCCCAGUUGAAUUACUGUGUCAGAGAACUAAAUGAAGUAUAACUGAAAUUGUCUCCUAUUACCAAGGUAUUGCUGAAAUCCUAAUGAACCGACCCCACGCGAGAAAUUCACUGGGAAAAGUAUUUGUAAACGAACUGUUCAGUGCCCUGGAGCAGCUCCGCUUCGAUGAGAAGGUGCGUGUGGUGGUGUUCAAGAGCCAGGUGAAAGGUGUGUUUUGUGCAGGAGCAGACUUAAAGGAACGUGCAAAGAUGGAUGAUGCAGAAGUUGGACUGUUUGUUAGAAGGCUGAGAAAUCUCAUGGAUGAAAUAGCUGCCCUGCCUGUGCCCACGAUCGCUGCCAUCGAUGGCUACGCGCUGGGAGGGGGACUAGAACUGGCCUUGGCCUGUGACCUUCGAGUGGCAGCUUCAUCAGCUAAAAUGGGCCUUAUUGAGACCACACGAGGACUUCUUCCUGGAGCAGGUGGAACCCAGCGCCUGCCCAGAUGUGUUGGAAUAGGUCUUGCAAAGGAACUCAUUUUCACUGGCAGACAGAUUGAUGGACAACAGGCCUUCUCCAUGGGCUUGGUAAAUCACUCAGUGCCACAGAACAGCGAGGGAGAUGCAGCUUACCAGAGAGCACUAGCUUUGGCUAAAGAAACCCUUCCCCAGGCUCCAUUUGCUGUGAAAAUGGGAAAACUGGCAAUAAACAGAGGAAUGGAGGUCGACAUUGCAUCAGGGAUGGCUAUUGAGGGGAUGUGCUAUGCCCAGAAUAUUCCCACAAGAGACCGUCAGGAAGGGAUGGCUGCCUUCAGGGAGAAACGACCACCGCGCUUUAUCGGCAAAUAACACUUUCUAGCUUCCCCUUGAUUUUUAGAAAGUAAAGUAGGACUGAAGAGUACCCACUGAUUUCUUGGGGAUAAUUUUUAUGACACCAUUCUGUGCACUUAACCCCUUGCCUUGGACUGCAUUUCUGAAUACUCCACUGGAUCAUUUUUCUGUACGAAUCUUCCAAUAAAGAUUUAACUUUGUACACCUGA